AGAAAGAAAAGCGCAAGAAUUAAUAAAGAAAAAUUAUAAACUCAACAGCAACAGAAGUAGAUGUAGACAGAGACAGUGAUUACUCAAUCUACCAACUAAGCUCCAAUCAAAGACAAACCAAAGAAGACAAUGAUGCGAUACAAAGAGGAAAAAGAAGCUAAGAAAGAAUCAUUCAGAAAAUAUCUUGAAUCAAGUGGAGCUGUUGAUGCUCUAACCAAAGUUCUUGUUUCUUUGUAUGAGCAAAACGACAAACCUUCUUCUGCUCUUGAGUUUAUUCAACAGAAAUUGAGUUGUCCUUCUAUCUCUGAAUAUGAAAAAUUACAAGCCCAAUUCUCUGAUCUGCAAAUCAGAUAUAAUGAUCUUCUCGCUACACACCACAACACUUGCAAAGAGUUAGAAGAAAUGAAAAGCUCCCAUGUGUCGGGAAUGGCAACAACAAAGGAAACAACUGAUAAUGAAUCACCACCUAAAGAUGAUUCUUGAAGGUUACGUUACCGAUGUAUUAACCCAGUUUUCAUUUUUUUUCAGGUUUUUUUCCUUCCCUGAGUGCUUAUAUGUUAAUUUUUGUAUUCUCGUUGUUUCUUGUCUUUGUUCCGUUGUGACUUGUAAUCACCCCACCCCCACCAAUUUUUCUCUCCCUUUUGCUUGAAUUCUAUUUUAUAUCUGUAAAAUGGUACUGAUUUGUUAUGAAGUUAUCAUAAAAAUAUCCCAAAAAAUACUCUUAACAGAACCCCAACUGAUUAUUGGAUUACAAUGAAUUGUGAUGAAUGGAUUUUUGAUAA